AUGGAAUUACUUCUUUUGGUAUCAUGCCUUUAUCCUAGGGACUCAUUUUCUAAAUUCAACAUCCAUAAGCUACUCUGUCUUGCAGAGUUGUACCCUGAAGACUUCUCAGUGACUGAAUGUAUGAUGCUUGAGGAUCAACUUGCUACUUUCAUUUAUGAUGUGCGACAUGAUGAUGAUUUUGCAAAUAUCGGGGACUUGGGAGGUUUUGCUAUAAAGAUGGUUGAUACUAGCAAAUGUACUAUUUUUCCCCUCGUUUAUUGUCUUAUUGAGCUGGCAUUAGUUUUACCAGUUAUGACAGCUAGUGUUGAGAGGGCAUUUUCUGCGAUGAAUAUUGUGAAAACUAACUUACGCAACAAAAUGGGAGAUGAGUGGAUGAAUAAUAACAUGAUUGUCUAUAUUAAGAAAGAGGUUUUUGCAACUAUUGACAAUGUUUUCAAAAAAUGCAAGCUCGUCGUAUUCAGUUACCUCCUCUAA